CUAGAACGGCAGCUGAGGCAGCAGUCCUUGACUCUGCCGCUGUCAGGGUGUAGUGCAUGGUUUUGAGCCCACCAGCCAUGGUGCCUCCCCUCUCUUGAGGGUGCUCCUGUUACCCUGGCAGUCGAAGCGGCCUGGAAUCUCUCUUCCGCCCCGAGACGGCCCUACAGCCCGGAUGCGUCCGGAGGGCGCGGGAAUGGAUCUUGGCGGCGGCGGGGAGCGCUUGCCGGAGGAGAGCAGGAGAGAGCACUGGCAGUUGCUGGGUAAUUUGAAGACUACUGUGGAGGGUUUGGUGUCAGCCAACUGCCCCAAUGUCUGGUCCAAGUAUGGUGGCCUGGAGCGGCUUUGCAGGGACAUGCAGAACAUCCUGUAUCAUGGGCUCAUCCAUGACCAGGUAUGUUGCCGCCAGGCUGAUUACUGGCAGUUUGUGAAAGACAUUCGCUGGCUCAGUCCACACUCAGCCCUUCAUGUUGAGAAGUUCAUCAGUUUGCAUGAGAGCGGCCAGAGCGACACAGAGAACGUGAGUGAGCACACUGUCGCGGAGCUGUGGCUGCAGCACAGCCUGCAGUGCCACUGUCUCUCAGCCCAGCUCCGGCCUCUGCUCGGGGACAGACAGUACAUUAGAAAAUUCUACACAGAAACUGCCUUCCUGCUGAGUGACGCCCACGUCACAGCCAUGCUCCAGUGCCUGGAAGCUGUGGAACAGAACAACCCCCGUCUGCUGGCUCAGAUCGACGCGUCCAUGUUUGCCAGAAAGCAGGAGAGCCCACUGCUGGUCACAAAGAGCCAGAGUCUGACUGCUCUGCCUGGCUCCACAUACACCCCUCCAGCCAGCUAUGCUCAGCACUCCUACUUCGGGUCCUCCUCCAGCCUUCAGUCCAUGCCGCAGUCCAUGCUGCAGUCCAGCCACAGCUCAGAGAGAAGAUCUACUUCCUUUUCGCUCUCUAGCCCUCCCUGGCAACCUCAAGAAGACAGAGAAUGCCUCUCACCAGCAGAGACUCAAACCACCCAAGCUCCGCUGCCUUCAGACUCCACUCUAGCCCAGGGUUCCCCACAGACCGCACAGGAGAUGAGCUCCAGCACUCUGACUAGCCCCCUAGAGGCAUCCUGGGUCAGCAGCCAAAAUGACUCCCCAAGUGAUGUCAGUGAGGGGCCUGAGUACCUGGCCAUUGGCAACCCAGACCCUCAUGGCCGGACUGCCAGUUGUCAGAGUCACAGCAGCAACGGCGAGAGUAGCAGCUUGCACUUGUUCUCCUCCAGCAGCUCUCAGAAGCCGGAUUCUGCUGCUUCUUCUCUAGGGGACCAAGAGGCAGGUAGGCAGAGUCAGGCAGGCAGCGUCCUCCGAAGGUCCAGCUUCUCAGAAGGGCAGACAGCACCUGUCGCCAGCGGGACAAAGAAGAGCCAUAUUCGCUCCCACUCGGACACCAACAUUGCCUCCAGAGGAGCGGCAGAGGGUGGUCAGUACCUCUGCUCUGGAGAAGGCAUGUUUAGAAGACCAUCAGAAGGACAGUCCCUCAUCAGUUACCUCUCUGAGCAAGACUUUGGCAGCUGCGCAGACCUGGAAAAGGAAAACGCCCACUUCAGCAUCUCUGAGUCCUUGAUUGCCGCCAUCGAGCUGAUGAAAUGCAACAUGAUGAGCCAGUGUCUAGAAGAGGAGGAAGUGGAGGAGGAAGAUAGUGACAGAGAGAUCCAGGAACUGAAGCAGAAGAUCCGCCUUCGGCGCCAGCAGAUCCGCACCAAAAGCUUGCUCCCUGCGUACCAGGAAACUGAGCACGGAAGCUUCCGGGUCACCUCCAGCAGCUCCCAGUUCAGUUCACAUGAUUCUACACAGCUCUCGGACUCCGGCUCUGCUGAGGAUGUUGAUGAAUUUGAAAUCCAAGAUGCUGACAUUCGGAGGAGCACAGUCUCAAACGGCAAAUCAUCCUUCUCCCAGAAUUUCUCACACUGCUUCCUGCACUCCACAUCUGCUGAGGCAGUGGCCAUGGGGCUUCUCAAGCAGUUUGAGGGGAUGCAGCUUCCAGCUGCCUCGGAGCUAGAGUGGCUAGUCCCAGAGCACGAUGCUCCACAGAAGCUCCUGCCCAUCCCCGACUCCCUGCCCAUCUCACCAGAUGAUGGGCAGCAUGCGGACAUCUACAAGCUGCGGAUCCGUGUCCGUGGCAACCUGGAGUGGGCUCCACCCCGGCCUCAGAUCAUUUUUAACGUUCAUCCAGCACCAACGAGAAAGAUUGCUGUGGCCAAGCAGAAUUACCGCUGUGCGGGAUGUGGCAUCCGGACCGACCCUGAUUAUAUCAAGCGCCUGCGGUACUGUGAGUACCUGGGCAAGUACUUCUGCCAGUGCUGCCAUGAGAAUGCCCAGACGGUCGUCCCCAGCCGCAUUCUGCGCAAAUGGGACUUCAGCAAGUACUACGUCAGCAACUUUUCCAAGGACCUGCUCAUUAAGAUCUGGAAUGACCCUCUCUUCAAUGUGCAGGACAUCAAUAGCGCCCUCUACAGGAAGGUUAAGCUGCUCAACCAAGUCCGGCUGCUGCGGGUUCAGCUGUACCACAUGAAGAACAUGUUUAAGACAUGCCGACUGGCCAAAGAGCUCCUGGACUCCUUUGAUGUGGUUCCAGGCCACCUGACAGAGGACCUCCAUCUGUACUCGCUGAAUGAUCUGACUACAACCAAGAAGGGAGAACUGGGGCCCCGGCUGGCCGAGCUCACCAGAGCGGGAGCUGCCCACGUGGAGAGAUGCAUGCUGUGCCAGGCCAAGGGCUUCAUCUGUGAGUUCUGCCAGAAUGAGGAUGACGUCAUCUUUCCUUUUGAGCUACAUAAGUGCCGGACCUGUGAAGAGUGUAAAGCAUGUUACCAUAAAGCUUGCUUCAAGUCUGGAAGCUGCCCCCGGUGUGAGCGGCUGCAGGCCCGACGGGAGUUGCUGGCCAAGCAGAGCCUGGAGUCGUACCUGUCUGACUAUGAGGAGGAGCCCACGGAAGCCUUGGCUCCAGAGACCACCGUCCUAGAGACCACCUGAGGAUGCACCCCAGCCCUUCGUCUGAGGGUCUGCCUAGGGUCAGAUAGAGAACUGAGCUCCGCCUUCAAGGAAGGUGGGGCCUUUUAAAAAUAUAUAUUGUCAUUUUUUAUGACUUGUCUGCUGUCCAGAUGUAGGCAGCCUUUAUUGGUUGAUGGAUCCAGUCUGUUGUGACAGACAUAUCUGUAGGCAUCGAGUAUUUUCAUCGGAACUGACACUUGGCGUGCCUCUUGUCUGGGAAAUGGACCUCGAGGCCCAGUUCUGCCUGCCACGCUUGGCCUAUUCCACUAGGACCAGAUCUGGUUACAGCUGCAGCUCAAAGAUCAUUCCCACUGUUGACUUGGUUCCUCAGCGUCUGAGCCAUGCCUUUCUCAGCCAGCGACCUUCUCCUUGGCUGCUGAAACAGGAGAAUGGUCUUUUCUUGGUCCUAGUCCUAAAAGAGAAUAAGACUGUGCCCUGAGGCACGGGACAGAAAGGGUACAUGGCAGGCAUUCUGGGCGGGGCAGGGAGGAACAGGACCAUCAUUGUUCUAGAAUCCUCAGGAUCUCAAGGGGGCAACCAUGGCUCCCCUGUUUCAAGUAUUCCUGGCAUAGGUGGGCACAAGCUGAUUUGUGUACUCUGGUGGGCUUGAAGUAAAGAACAGAUCUGAGUCUUAGGCUAGGCCACAAGCAUAAGUGCGGCUGCAGCUGGUGCUUAAGAAGUGGUUUUUUAGAUAGAAGAGCCAACAGCCUCCUCUGGGGUGGUCAGUCUCUCAGCUGGCUAGCCUGAGUGCAGGUGCGCUUCAUGCUCAGGCAAGUCCCUGAUGCAAGCUAAGGGGAUAGAAACCCCACCCACUGUCUCAAUAGUGCGCUCCAUACUGCUCUGUAGGACAUUGACCCCGUGGUUCUAAGUACAGGUGUGACCAAGCCCCAUUCUCAGUCCCUGCCCCACAGAGCUGCAGCCCUUCCUCUUGGCUGACCUCUUGCCUUAGUUUCUUUUCUCAGCGUUGGGGGAAGCCAGCCCACUAGUAGCACUAGAGCACUUGACAGUCUGUGAAUGUUUCUGUUUGCCCAGAGUAACAGGGGCCUUUAUGCAGUUAACUCUUCAGCCUUGGUCUAUAUCGAACCAUCCAUUUCAUGUAACUAAUUUUAAUAGACUCUUCCCCUAUCACCUAAUGUGCAUUUUUUGUGGAAAGUGUCCUAGACUAGGCUGCUCAUGACUGUGGUGAUGUUUGAGGUUCGAGCAUCUAACCUCAGUAAACACUAGUCAGGGUUGCCUCAGAGCCUGGCAGCUCUGUGAACUAACAUCCACAGCAAUCUUGUUCUGGAGCUGGCCUGUGUCUUCCUGUACUUGGCACUAGUAAAAUCAUUGGUCCAGGCAGUGCCCCACCCAAGAAGUCAAACGAGUUGCCUGUUGCUGUUGGAAGCUGACAGGUAGCUGAGCUUCAAGGGAACAAGGAGUCUCCCAGAGAGGCAGGGGGACGCAGUGGAACAGCCAAGCUGAGCUCUAGCAGAGCAAGAGGGAACGUGUCUGGCCAGUUCCAAGGUGUGACUCCUCUGCCUCACACUUGGAAUCUGACAACUACCAUGGGCUGGAUGACUGGGACUGCUCUCAGUAGGCAAUGAGGCAGAAAGCCAAGGCCAAAGCCAGUUCUUUUUUUUUGUUGUUGUUUUUUCGAGACAGGGUUUCUCUGUGUAGCUCUGCCUGUCCUGGAACUCACUCUGUAGACCAGGCUGGCCUCGAACUCAGAAAUCCGCCUGCCUCUGCCUCCCAAGUGCUGGGAUUAAAGGCAUGCGCCACCACCACCCGGCUCAAAGCCAAUUCUAAAGAACUGGUUAGAAAUCCCUUCCAACUCAGUUAUCACUGAGUCAGACCUUGGAUGCCAGUUCCUGGCUGACUUCCCGUCCAGCUGCUCACUGAAGUCACCACACUGGAGGAAACUUCCACCCAUGCUCCCAGUCAGCAGCACGGGCUCAGCAGUCUCCAGCUCCAUCCCUCUAGGUCAUACCUUUAGAACUCCUGAGUCUGCUGUCAUUACUGACCAAAUACCCAUGUCUGUCUGUUUGGGGAGAAGGAGCAGGGGGUGUGGUGAAAGCACUUAGUCACCUAAUGGAAUCUGAGGAUCCCCUGCUGUGGCGGGGAGAGGCUUCCAAUGCACUGAUAGGACGUGUGAGGGGGGAGCAUCGCUCUGUACUGAGGAGACAGCUCCCAGUGCUCUGCACUUAAGAGGUUCUUUCUGUUCCUCUGCUGAGGAGUGGAGAGCUUUUGCAGAACUAACAGAAGAGGAGCAGGAGUCUAAAUGAAAAUGUUGUUUGUAUACACCUUGUGUUUAGAACUGGAUUUUCACCUGCUGUAAUUUACGCACAUCCUGACAGUUCACGGUCAUCUCUAAUAAACUAAGGAAAAUAAAUCUUGCCUUUUAUUUACCUGCCUUGCUGACUAUA